GUGAUUCCUGUCCCUCGGUCCUUGUCGAAGUGGCAGGAAACGGUCCACAGGAGAGUGAGAAGUAGACGAGGAGCAGGAGCUGUGUGGAGACGAAGGGAUUCACGACAGGCUGGGAAACAAGAGGAGGGACGCGCACGGCUGCUGGUCAAAGUUUGUUUUGCAGUAGUGGUGGAGGUGUUGUUCGCUGCGGACCGCACUGUGCCUUUCGAUUGACGCUGCGUGAUGGAAUGCCACUUGGAGAGAGAGAGCCUGAUGGACACUUUGGCACCUGGGCUCGCGCGCAGAGAAUCCUCCCGUUUCCAGCAGGCGCGGUGCUGACUGAGCCCCCGGGACGGUGAUCAGUCAUUUGUUUUGUGUUGUCCUCUGAGUGGCAGGGAUACCCUCCUCAUCAUCCUCGACCCCAGCCUCAUCGUUUUCUCCCGACGGAGAGCGAGAGAUGGUGCGCGAAGCGAUUCCUCAGAGAUUGACGUGCGCACUCAUCACAUUCCCGCCGGGGAGCGCGUCUUAAAGAAGAGCCUCUUCCCCCAUUCAUGUUCAUUCCGCUGCUGUGAACCUGUUGAGCUGUGUCAAAGAGCAGAGGGGCGACUGGAGAGAUCCGCAUCGCCACACAGGACGAGGACCAUGACUGACGGCCAGGCGAGCUGAAGGGACUUGUCACUCAUCUUCCUUUCUCCGUGUCAGGGGGGCGACUAUCUCCUUGCUCACCUCCCCUCCUCUUCCUCCACCUUCUCCUCCACCGUCCUCCUCCCGCCCUCAGUCCUCUCCUCUUGUCUUCUCAAUGGGCCGGUGACCUCAGCAUCAUUGUAGUUAUCCACCGCUCCCAAAAACUCCCCAGAGGCCGAGACGUGGCAACAAAGACCUUGUGAGGACACCUCUGAACCGACCCUCGCUCCACCUGACGGGAGUGUGGCAUGCCUCCUCCCUCCAGCUGAGUGACCUUUACUGAGCGGAAGUAGAAAGAAGAAGGGAUCCCUUGUCCGUCCACCCUCAGCGGGAGAUACAGCUUCUGGAGCAGGAGCUGCGAGAGGACCAGUCAUGCGUUUCCAUUUUACGUUGGCGCUGCAGGCGCUGUGGACCGCUGUUUGCCAGGCGGCCAUGCAGCACUACCCUGCAGCGUGGGGCCACUACGACGUGUGCAAGUCCCAGAUUUAUACAGACGAGGGCCUUACCUGGGACUACAUGGCCUGCCAACCCGAGGCGACAGACAUGACCCAUUACUUGAAGGUUACUCUGGAUCCCCCCAACAUCACCUGUGGAGACCCUCCGGAGACGUACUGCGCCCUGGAGAAUCCUUACAUGUGUAAUAAUGAAUGUGAUGCCAGCACUGAUGAGCUCGCCCACCCUCCAGAGCUCAUGUUCGACAUUGAGGGCCGCAACCCCACCACCUUCUGGCAGUCCACCUCCUGGAAGAAGUACCCAAAGGCCCUCCUGGUCAACCUCACGCUCUCUUGGAACAAGACCAUCGAGCUGACUGACGACAUCGUCCUCACCUUUGAGUCAGGCCGGCCCGAACAGAUGGUCCUGGAGAAGUCGCUGGAUUACGGCCGAACCUGGCAGCCCUACCAGUUCUACGCCACCGACUGCCUGGACGCCUUCACCAUGGAGCCCAAGACGGUGCAGGACUUGACCCAGCACACCCUGCUGGACAUCAUCUGCACUGAGGACUACUCGCGAGGUUAUGUGUGGAAGAAUGACAAAACUGUGCGCUUUGAGAUCAAGGAGCGCUUUGCGCUGUUCGCCGGGCCCCGGCUCCACAACAUGGCCUCGCUUUACGGCCAACUGGACACGACCAAGAACCUGAGGGACUUCUUUACCAUCACAGACCUGAGAAUCCGCCUGCUCCGGCCUGCCACGGGAGCUACGAUGGUGGACGAGACCAACCUGUCCCGAUACUUCUACGCCAUCUCUGACAUCAAAGUGCAGGGCAGGUGCAAGUGCAACCUUCAUGCCAUCAGCUGCGUAUAUGACAAAGACAAGUUGGGCUGCGAGUGUGAACACAACACCACCGGGCCUGACUGCGGCCGCUGCAAGAGGAAUUACCAGGGGCGAGCGUGGAGUGCUGGCUCCUACCUGCCCAUCCCUAAGGGCACAGCUAAUAUCUGUAUUCCUAAUAACAUUGGUCCAGUUAUUCGGCCGAAUGUGUCAUCCCUAGGUGUCGCUAACCGAAAAGAAGUAUCUCCUCAAGUUGCAUUGUCCACUGCCCCUUCUGUCCACGUUGCAAACAGCAAGCGAGCCCGGGUGUGCGACAACGAGCUCCUGCGCUGCCAGAACGGCGGCGUGUGCGUCAACAACGUCCGCUGCAACUGCCCCGCGACCUACAGCGGCCUGCUGUGUGAGAAGCCCCGCUGCAGCUCGGAGCUGGGGGGCUGCGGGGGCCCCGGCUCAGGCCAGGCCCCGCUGACGCCUCCCUCGGCCCUCAGGCUGCUGCUGCUGCUGGGCUCGGUGCUGCUGGGAGAGGCCGCCGUGCUCUGAAGAGACCCAUGACCUGGUGGGAGCGAUACAGUCCCCAGCCCCUCCACCUUCGACCCGCCCACCUCCCCCCGGCCUCCCCCUUCAAAUAACCAACGACCAUUAAACGAGAACCACCAUGAGCUUUCUGGACUGGACCGCACCGAGCUUUCUCCGCCCCGCCGGACUCAGCGGACACUUGCGCUGACGAACAGGGAAUGUGCCAGACCGACAAGUGCAAAGACUUUUCAUUUCAUUUUCAGAGAUAAUAUAGAGAUGAACUAUAGAUGCCAGAUAUUAUUAUUAAAAAAAAAUGUAUAGAGGGACCGAGCGUAUGCCUGAAAAGAGUUAAAUGAGCAAAGAACAAUUAUCACCCCCCCCCACCUCUCCAACCCAACCACCUCCUAAGCCAUACCAGGUUCUUGAGCUCCUUCUAGUUCGAGGAGGGGACAACUGAGGCGACGGACUAGCAGUUCGCCUCCGCUGUUAUUGCCACGGCCACUUAAGCUGCGACCAAUCAGCUUCCGCACGGGCCGGCAGUUGGACGCCGAUCUCCUCUCACCCUCGCUCCCUCCGGGGGAGGACGCUUCUCCGAACGACAACCGUGAUGCUUCGGGAACGAGACCGAGAGAGCAGGAAAACACGGGGACGCAUUCUUUGCUGUCAGUGCAUUGUGGAUAGAAGGGAAUCUGUGCGGACUGCCACUCUGUGACACAAAAAGAAACCUCGCCCCCCCCACCCCCCAACCCUCCACCGUCGUGCCCCCUCUAGCUUUCUGUCUCUCCUUCGAGCUCUAUCUCAUCCUCCCUCCUGUUCAUCCCCCCCCCACCCCCGAUGCCCGGCCCCCUCACCAUGCUGCCACUGACUUGUGCUUUCGUGAACGUUACUCUGUAAACCCUCGGUGGUUGAAAGAACUCUUUUGUCCGAUGUUAGUGAUGCACAUGUGUAAGAAGCCCCCCGCCCCCGCCCUCCUCUCCCCUCUUAAAAAAAGAUAGUCCAGUGAAAGGUGUCUCGAUUCUUUUUUUUGUCCGACCUCAGAGCCGCCACGCUCCCUGCGAUCAUGGUCCGAGGGUAGUUUUCCCCCUAUCAGACAGGAAGUGCAUAGAAAAAAAAACAUCAGUGUAUUUGCAAGUUCUUUUCUCCACAGAGCAAACAAAAAAAGCGUCAUGUAGUCCUUUUGUAUCUUUGCCGAACUGUGAUUGAAAAAAAGGCAACCUUUAAUGUAUAUCUAUUUAAGACGUCCACACGCAGAAGCAGUCGUUUUUAGUUUUUUAUUUUCUUAUUUUUUUUCCUCCCCAUUUCUUUCAUCCCCCCUGACUUUAGUUGUUAUCAUUUCUCUUUCGUUGUGCAGUUGAUUUUCCUUUGUAUUGGCAAUGUGCUGGCAUCAAAGAAUAUCGGUUUACAUAUACAGUAUUAAUAAAGUGUAAUAAAAAUCCCACCAAAGGACAUUAUAAAUGUUUUGUUCUUGCUUUAACACGAGAAUUUAAGUGAAUAAAAGUUUAAAAACAAAACAGUGUGGGUCAUGUGUCGAUCACAGGUAGGUGCUCUGCUUCAUUCACUUUCAUUCAAGGAGGCUUGUGAUGUUCUGUAUCUGCCGAUCGAUUUUGUCUCUGCUUAUGUUUGAAUUAAUGGAUCAAUGUUUGAAUAAAUAUCCAUUAAUAUCCUUUUUGAUUUUCUCACACAGUUUGGUAUCUUUUACAGUUGUACUGUCAGUGAUCAUAAAGACAAUCAUUUACUGCUUAUAUGUCAGGAUAUAUGGAAUAUUAACCCAACAAUAAAUAAAAAGGGUUAGGGUUAAUCUAAUCAUAGUUUUAACAAAUGACAUAAUCCUUUCCAGGGAACAUCUAUAAAAUAGAAUCCCAUCAAGAUCCAUGAAUUAUUCUCUGAGAAAUCAAUGAAAAUGAUGCGGGGGGAAUGAGUAUGUUACACUAUGUAUGUAUAUUUGCACAUUAGACAUCAGCUUGAAAUGUAGUGGAAUAAUCUCUUGUCAGUUUACAUAUGAUUUAUACUAUUUACUCAUUUCAAGUGAAAGGUGAGCAGGUAAUGAUGAUUUCUAGUUUCGACUCCCAUACAGCUUAUUAGAUAAAAGUUAUUAAAGAAACAGUAUCAGCACAUUGAGUUGAACUAAAUACUUUUUUUUUUUUAUUAAAUUACAUUUGGUAAGGCAAAUCAAAUUAAUUUUACUUAACAUUUGCUUUCAAUCCAGUAAAGCAUAGGGAGUGUGUGCAGUGAUUCUUUUGGUCCUGAUGAGUGCAGCUAUCUGCAGGACUGUUAAUGAUGUUAGACCAGACAAUUGGAAUUCCAUUUACAGCCUCUGACACUUGCUCUCCCACUGAAUAGAAAUCUUAGUUUGUGUCUUCACAUUCUGUGUUGUAUUGUCUUCUCAUUGUGUUAUAAUGUGCUGCUGCUGAAACGCUGACACACAAGAUAAACUAAUAUGUGAUCAGUGGAACCAAACCCCCUCUGCGGCAAGGCCACGCUGACAAAGUGACUGCUUAAAAGUCUGCAGUGAUAUUUCUGUGCCAUUUAUCUUGAAUUCAAUCUGGUGAAGAUUUGUUUCAAUGCCGCGCAUUGUCGGAGGCACUGAAUUAAAUAUUUACGACUAUCGAUGUCUCCCAGAGAGCCCGUGUUCAAAGUUUAUAUAGUGCGGCUUGUCAGACACUCAACAGUUCAUCCAUAACCUGAAAUAUUCAGGCCCAAUUCCGGCUGAACAGACUUGAGCUGCUCUCAAAGUUUGAAUCUGAGGGAGGAAAAACAAGUUACAGCACCAAUAACUGUUCAUUUGGAAUAAAGCAAUGAGAGUAUAUUGAAACGGCUCUAUUGUUAUGUGCAAUUUUAGGCAGAGAAAACAAAACAGACUUUUUCAAACUCUCAGCUUUGUACAUCUUCAUUUUCUUAUUUCUGGAUGGAACUGAAAUAAAAGGAUGACGGGAUUGAAAGAUUUCUGUUUCCUCGCCAAGCCGCUCCGAGAUGCCAAAGAAAUUCUUCAUUUAUUCUUGUGCUGCGUCUGAUCCAGAGCCACCAGAUCGCAUCCAAAUCCCAGGAAGAUAUUUAACUCUUCAUGUCUUUAGAAAACCUCAGUGAACUGCAGCGUUUGAACUAUUAAUGAAAAUUAAAGACUGACUUUAUUGUGCUGGGACACAUUCUAACAAUAUAUUUCUUCCCGUUCAUUAUUUUGUGUAAUUUUUGUAUGUUCUAUUUAGUUUUAAAUGAGCUUGUUUGUG